AUGUCACAUAAUAAUGAAUAACCUGGAAUAUACUAUCUGGUUACUUGUUUUCAGGACGAGUCAUAAGGUGGGGCUUCCAACCUAUACUGUUACACGUAUGAAAUGAUUGUUAGGAAUAGGAACAUUUUGGAAAUAGUGUGGGCGUGGAUUAUAUUGAUUUCAGGAUCAAUCGUAUUAUUUAGACGAUAUUAAAAACAUAAGGAUAUCACUCGAUACAAUCGUAAAUAGAUUAUAGUUUCAAUAAUGGUUAUCAAUAUUUGUGGUAUGGAAUUUUAGUGAUAUGCAGCAUAUUUAACAUAUCAAUGGUCAUAUGAAAGUGCCUUAUUAUAUUUUCCAGAGUAUUACUUCUAAUACAUAUUUUUCUGUUACACCAUCUAUUACUUUGGGAGAAAAUCAAUAAUUCUAGGAAUGCUGAAUAUGAGAAUGGAUGUUUCAUAUCAAGAUAUUGAUCCAAUUAUUUAGCUGAAAUUGUCCAAAUUGUUUUGCAUAGGAUUAUGUUCGUUUUUUACAAUAAUCUUCAUAAUGAAUUACAUCUAAUACUUCUUUGUGGUGAGUACUAAUCAUUCAUAUGACUUAUGUUCUGGUAGAUGAGUUAUAUUUAUAAUAGCCAGCUUUUUCAAUAUAGUGACAACAGUGGGAUUCUUCAUGUAAGGUCUUUUCAUUUUGUAAGUAAAGUAAUUGUCAAGGUAAGUCUCUAAGAAUUUGAGUGCUUAGAAAUUGGAUAAUCCAAUGAUGAAAUUGAAGGAGUAGAUUCAAAAGAAUUAAUCAUCUUUGUGGAUUCUAGUGAUCUUCUGUUUUUUUGGUUCGUUUGCUAAUUUCAUGUAGAAUGUAUAUUUUGUCUCGAUGCUUGCUAAAUAUAAAAGCAGAGAAGGUUACUUCUCUUGUUGGUAUGUUAAUGUAAAAUAUUAUUUAUUGAAAAGUUAAAUAGCACAAUUUGGACUAAUGGUAUAAAUGCACUAAUAGGAACAACAAUAAAGUUAUUUGAUUUCUUUUUACCGUACUUUUUAACUAUCAAGAUCUUUUGGUACAAAUCAAAAAAGAGCGAAUAACAAUAGUUGGUAAUGCAUUCCCUUGAUAUCCUCUUAGGAGACAAAUAAUUCUGAUUAAAAUGAGGUCGAAGUCUAUGAAUUGUAACUGCCUAAUAAUUAAUCAUAAUCAGCAUCAUCAUAACACACUUAGGAAGAAUAAUGA